GUACUGUGAGUCUGUAAUAUUAUUAUCAUCAUUUAUUUAUUUCCUGGAAUUAGUAAAGCCGAGCGAGGGAUCGUGGUGAUAGAUGAUUGAAUAAACAUUACAUUAUUUGAUCAUGAAUGGUGGGACACCAAAUGGCCGUCCGAUGAAUCUCCCCUGAGGCGGCGUGGUUUUGGCAAUUAAAAUUUGUAUAUAAAUAUCAAUACGAAGAAAAUAGCUCCACAUUCCCCAACACAACCAUGCCUUCCAAAUCUGCCCUCUUCCUCUCCAUUCUCCUUUCCUUCUCUGCCACUGCUUUCUCCGAUGAUCCAGGUUGUGUGUACACGGUGUAUAUCAGAACAGGGUCGACCCUGAAAGCAGGGACGGAUUCGGUGAUUAGCGCGACGCUGUACUCGGGGCAGGGGGACUUGGUCCUGAUUAAGGAUCUGGAGAAAUGGGGCGGGUUGAUGGGACCCGACUACAACUACUUCGAGAGGGGCAAUCUGGACGUUUUCAGUGGAAGAGGGCCAUGCCUGACCGGACCGGUGUGUGGAUUGAAUCUGACUUCAGAUGGAUCGGGUCCGCACCAUGGGUGGUACUGCAACUAUGUGGAGGUAACCACAACGGGGGUCCACAGGCCGUGUGAACAAGUCCAGUUCACGGUGGAGCAGUGGUUGGCCCUGGAUGCGUCGCCGUAUGAGCUGACUGCCAUCCGGGAUAACUGCCUCCAUGGGAGUGGAAGCCGCCGUGAUUUGAUCCGGUCGGGUGGGCCCAGUUUGAAAUUGAAGUAGGUGGUAUGAACAUGAUGGAUGUAAUAAAAUUGUCGUAGAAUAAGGUAAGCAAAAGAGGGCUUAAUCGAUGAUUAAGCAGGAUUUAGCUGGAUUUUGGGGAAUUAAAUGAAAUGGGUGUGUUUUUUUUC